AUGGCCUCCGCACACCCUCAAGUCCAGCUGCACCGUCAGUCGAUCGAAGACAGGAACGAGUUCUGGCUCAAAGCUGCACGAUCGAUUCAUUGGCACAAACCUCCCACCGUCGCCUACGGCCCUACGUCCAACCCAGACGCCAAGUACCUCGACCCCAAUGGCGAGACCUGGUUCCCAAAUGCGAGCCUCAACAGCUGCUUCUCGGCCGUAGAUCGACAUGUCUACGCUCCAGCCCAUGCAUCUGCCACCCCCGUCACCGUCUCUCCGGACACGCCGCACCUCGCCCUCGCACCCACCGCCCACCGUGUCGCCUUCCACCACGUCUCACCGCUCUCCUUCCAAACGCAACAGGCUCGCUCCAUCACAUACUAUGAGCUGCUGCAGCAAGUCCAGGUCGUCGCCGGCAUCCUGCGCCACAAGGGCGUCCGCAAGGGCGAUGCGGUGGUGAUCUACAUGCCCAUGGUGCCCGAGACGUCGAUUGCCAUGCUCGCCUGUGCGCGCAUAGGCGCGGUCCAUUCGGUCGUCUUUGGCGGCUUUGCUCCCAAGGAGCUUGCCAAGAGGAUUCAGGAUUCGGGGUGUAAGAUGGUCAUCGCCGCGAGUUGCGGUUUGGAGCCCAAGGGGCCGGUCGACUACAAACCGCUGGUGGACGAAGCGUUGAAGGUGUCGGAACACAAACCUGAAUCGGGCCUGCUGUUUUUGCGACGACACACGAUCAAGGGUCACACUCCCGCGGAGUGCGCUCGCGAUGGCGGCAAGGGUCCCGCUGGCCUGCCCGAAUGGGACUGGGAGGCGGAGUGCAAGCUGACAUCCGCAAAGCAGGGCGGCAGAUCACCCUGUUGGGAAUGCGUCCCCGUCGCAGCCGAAGACCCCAUCUACACCAUCUACACCUCGGGCACCACAGGCGCCCCAAAGGGCGUCUGCCGCCUCUCCGGUGGUCACCUCGUCGCGCUCCGCUACUCGAUCGAGCAUACGUUCGGUAUGACCCCCAACGACGUCAUGUUCUGCGCCUCGGACCUGGGGUGGGUGGUAGGCCACUCGUACAUCCACUACGGUCCGCUGUUGAUCGGAGCAACGUCGAUCGUGUUUGAAGGCAAACCCGUGUUGCCGGAUGCGGGCAUCUGGUGGCGGAUCUGCUCGCAGUAUCGCGUCACCCAGAUGUUCUGUGCGCCCACGGCGCUGCGUGCGAUCGUGGGGCAGGAUGCGGAUGCGACGCUGAUGCGUGCUCCUGGUAUCGACCUGCGUUCUCUUCGCACCCUCUUCCUCGCCGGGGAACGAUCGGAACCGCAGAUCGUCGCGCGAUUCGAGCGUUUGCUGCAGGAGCUUGCAGCACCGGGGGCUCAGACCAACGACAACUUUUGGUCCUCCGAAUCGGGCUCUCCCAUCACCGGGCUCAUGCUCUCCUCCGCCUUUGCACCUCUGCCGGCUCGACCAGGGAGCGCAGGACUGCCGAUGCCAGGAAUGGACGUCCGCAUCGUCGACGACAACGGCACCGAACUGCCUCGCGGCUCGAUGGGCAACCUCGUCCUCGCCCCCCCUCUCGCACCGUCCUUCCUCGGCGGCCUCUGGCGUAAUCCUGACCGGUUUUUCAGCUCCUACUUCAACACCUUCGCCAAGAAAGGCGGAUGGUUCGAAACGGGCGAUCAAGGUGUCAUCGACCCAGAUGGAUACGUCUCCAUCCUCGCCCGAUCUGACGAUAUUAUCAACGUCUCUGCGCACCGUCUCGGCACGGGACUCAUCGAACAGGUCGUCACAGGCCAUCCGGAUGUCAUCGAGUGCGCUGUCGUUGGUGCACCCGAUAAGCUCAAGGGUCAAUCCCCGUUUGCGAUUGUGGUGGCGCAUCAGAGAGUGGCCGCUGCGACGGGUGGGGAGAGCCAUAAUUCCGUUCAAAGCGAUGGAGCCAAGGCGAUGUUGAAGAGUAUCAAUGAUCACGUGAGGAGGGAGAUGGGACCCAUCGCGCAGUUGAGUGGACUCAUUGAGGCGCAGAAGCUGCCCAAGACGAGGAGUGGAAAGACGCUCAGGAGGAGUUUGAGGCAGGCGGUGGAGAAUGCUGCUGCUGGCAAGAGAAACGCACCCGUCGACUUCCCUCCCACAAUCGAAGACAAGGACGUGAUCGACGUGGUGCGCAAAGCGAUCGAACAAUACUUUGACGCGCUCGACGGCACCUCUUCCGACAAGACCACGACCAACUCGACCCCGGACACUGGGCUUCUUGGUCAAGCUUCCAACCCUGUCCCCUCCCCCUCCACCUCCCUCCCUUCAAGCGUCAAGGUCAACAUGAAAGCGCUUCAACUCGAGCGACCCGAGGGAGAGCCUAAGAAGGGUCAACGCAACAACGCGGUCGUGCGGGACGUCCCCACUCCCAAACCUACCUCCGAUCAGGUGCUCGUCAAGAUCCUCGCUGCCGGGUUCAAUCGACGCGACGAGUGGUCGAUGGUGGGUGCUUAUCCUGGGCUGGUCUACAAGAACGCCACCAUGGGCUGUGAUGGUGCGGGCACCGUUGUCGUCCCCGAUGGAUUCUCGAUGGUGAACGAGCAUCCGGACAAAGUCGUUCUCCUGACCCCGACGCGGGGUUGGUCUACAGACAAAGACGGACCGGAAGCGGAGCUCCCCGGUCUGUCCCCCGAACAGCGGCGCAACGGUCUCGGCGGCUCCGGAUUCGGAAUCCUCGGCGCCACCCGUCCCACCAACGGCGUCGGCACCUUGGCCGAAUACGUCGCCGUCGAAAAGGACCAGAUCGUCGCGGCACCCAAGCACCUCACCCCUGAACAGGCGGCUACCCUCCCCUGCGCAUGUGUCACCGCCUACCGCGCCCUCUUCACCAAGGCUCAAGUCCAAAAAGGCCAGAACCUGCUGCUUACUGGCGUCGGAGGGGGAGUGGCGAUGCUAGCCCUCCAAAUGGCCGUCGCAGCCGGUGCGAAUGUCUACGUCACCGGUGGAUCAGCCGAAAAAAUCUCGCGCGCCGUCAAACUCGGCGCCAAAGCAGGAACUGAGUACAAGGACGAAGCGUGGCCCUCGAAGAUCGCUAAACUCCUCCCGCCAUCCCGCCCUUACCUGGAUUGCGUGGUGGACAGCGCGGGCGGGGAAAUCGCCGUCCAAGCCCAAAAGGCGGGACUCAAGGCAGGCGGAAAAGUGGUCAUCUUCGGCAUGACCGCUGCUCCCAAGUUGAGCUUCACCAUGCGCGAGGUGUUGAAGAACGUAGAGGUGCUGGGUAGCACCAUGGGCAGCGCAAGGGAGUUCGAGGAGAGUGUGCGGUUUGUAGAGAAACAUAGGAUCGUACCCGUGGUGGAUACCGUGUUGCAUGGGCUCGAGGAGGCUGGGAAGGGUUUUGAACUGCUGGCUGAGGCGGAUAAGAGGAGCGGUGGAAAGGUGGUGAUCAAGGUGAGCGAGUUGGAGGGGAAGAGAAGCAAGUUGUGA